AUGUUUUACAUUCCACCUUCAUAUAUAUUCCACCCCGACGAUGUCGUCGAGUUAGAGGCAUGUGAUCUUCUCAGUCCUAUCGAUAAAAAAGGCUUCAGGAAAUUGCAUAAACGACGCGUCUGUGAUUUAAGCGACUGGUACGACCGCCAAUAUUCACUCGAAGCACGGUACGACACAGACCAUGACACCUUUAUCAACGUUCCGGAUAAAGUUACCUCCAAAGCUGGGAUAAUUCAUCUAGUUUUUAGUGACGAAAAGGCCGAAGAAAUCUGGUACCAAUGGGUGAACUGGCCGGCCGUUGACUGGGCGUACAAGAUGGAGGAGGUCUUCAUAGACUACAUCCUUGAAUACGUCGAAUACCCCAACGAUGUGUACAGCAACAACGAUGCUGCGGUUUGGAAGUCAACUAUGGAAGUCUGGGGCACAUCUAAAGAGCUACAAGAUGCCAUUCUUGAUCCUUUAUUCGAAAUGGAACGUGGUGGUAUUACCUGCAAUGGUUGCAUUAUAGAUACGGUUUACAUGCGAUACCGAGGAUUAAAGAGUGUUCGAAAGAACUCUCAUGAUCGCGCAACAGGGAAGUCAUUUAUAAUCCCAAAGACUGUUCAAACAGAUGAUGGAGAGAUGCCACUGGAGGAAUAUUUGAAGAGCCACGAUGAAUUGCAUCUGCCAAAUCGAUUUGUACUCACAGCCUAA